ACUACGAGUCCCUGCAUGCCCCGCGGCCCGGGCGCGCGGACUACAAGUCCCACAACGCAUCGCCUGUCCUCUCCUGGCCGCCCCCCGCCCCUGCGCUCCCGAGACCCUGCGGAGCGAGCGCGCGACCCCUUCCCGACGCUCCCCGCGCCGAGUGCGGCGCGGUCUCGCGGUGACUCGGGAGCGUGGGGGCGAGGCCCGGAGGAGCGGCUGGGCCGGGGCGCCAUGCGGCGGUGCGAGCGCGGCGGCGCCGAGGGGCAGCGGCCGGGGUCCCCCGUGCCCGUGGGCAAGGCCUCGCUGGAGGAGCCGCCGGACGGCGCGCCCGCGGGCCGAGCGGGCGGGCCGGGCGCGGGCCGCCGCAGCAACGAGUCCGAGGUCUACGACGACGGCACCAACACCUUCUUCUGGCGGGCCCACACCCUGACGGUGCUUUUCAUCCUCACCUGUGUGCUGGGCUACGUGACUCUGCUGGAGGAGACGCCACGGGACACGGCCUACAACACCAAGAGAGGUAUUGUGGCCAGUAUUUUGGUUUUCUUAUGUUUUGGAGUCACACAAGCUAAAGACGGGCCAUUUUCCAGACCUCAUCCAGCUUAUUGGAGGUUCUGGCUCUGCGUUAGUGUGGUCUACGAGCUGUUCCUCAUCUUUAUACUCUUCCAGACUGUCCAGGACGGCCGCCAGUUUCUGAAGUAUGUUGACCCCAGGCUGGGGGUCCCACUGCCAGAGAGGGACUAUGGGGGCAACUGCCUCAUCUAUGACCCAGACAAUAAGACCGACCCCUUCCACAAUGUCUGGGACAAGCUGGACGGCUUUGUGCCUGCACACUUUAUUGGCUGGUACCUGAAGACCCUGAUGAUCCGGGACUGGUGGAUGUGCACGAUCGUAAGCGUGGUGUUUGAGUUCCUGGAAUACAGCCUGGAGCACCAGCUGCCCAACUUCAGCGAGUGCUGGUGGGACCACUGGAUCAUGGACGUGCUCGUCUGCAACGGGCUGGGCAUCUACUGCGGCAUGAAGACCCUCGAGUGGCUGUCCCUGAAGACGUACAAGUGGCAGGGCCUCUGGAACAUCCCAACCUACAAGGGCAAGAUGAAGAGGAUCGCCUUCCAGUUCACGCCCUACAGCUGGGUGCGCUUCGAGUGGAAGCCCGCGUCCAGUCUGCGCCGCUGGCUGGCCGUGUGCGGCAUCGUCCUGGUGUUUUUGUUGGCAGAACUGAACACGUUCUACUUGAAGUUCGUGCUGUGGCUGCCCCCCGAGCACUGCCUGGUCCUCCUGCGGCUGGUCUUCUUCGUCAACGUGGGCGGCGUGGCCAUGCGGGAGAUCUACGACUUCAUGGACGACCCGAAGCCCCACAAGAAGCUGGGCCAGCAGGCCUGGCUGGUGGCGGCCAUCACGGUCACGGAGCUGCUCAUCGUGGUCAAGUAUGACCCGCAGACGCUCACGCUGUCCCUGCCCUUCUACAUCUCGCAGUGCUGGACGCUCGGCUCCGUGCUCGCCCUCACCUGGACCGUCUGGCGCUUCUUCCUGCGGGACAUCACCCUGAGGUACAAGGAGACCCGGCGGCAGAAGCAGCGGAGCAGGGCCGACGGCAGUGUGGACGGCGGUGUGGACGGGCAUGGGCACCCGCCUGGGCCGGACGACUCCUUGGGGCCCGAGGAGGCCGCGAGGGAGGGGGUGCCGGCUCCAAAUUGAGAACGGACGCUGCGCCUCAGCCGCGUGGAGCCCGGGCCCGCCGCCCUCCAUCUGCUGGGAUUCCCGCUGGGCCUCAGCCCUCAAGGUUUUCUUUUCCUUUUCUCCCACAUGCACAGUGGGGCCAGGCACGUGUGUGUGUGUGUGUUGGGGGGGUUGUGCGUGCGGUCGUGUGGGCGUGCGUGCGUGCGUGCGUGCGUGGCAGCGUGAGUGCUCCUGGCUCCUGAGGCUCUGGGGCUCGCCCUGGGCCACGGCCUCCCCUUUCUGCGCAGUCAGCCCGCCAGCCUCGUCCGCACUAGGCCUUGGCACCCACUGAGCGGCUCGGCCCGAGCGGCAGCUUCGCGGUGCCCCUGCGGGCCCCACGACUCCCCUGGCAGCCCGUGCAAAGGAUGAUCACCCGGGAGCGCCCUGCGGCCGCUGAGAAAGGGCAGAUCCUUCACUUGGGGGCUUUCACCUGACCUUCAGACCUGGAGGGUGUGUGGCCGGGGCUGGGGGUGGGGUCAGAUACUCCAAGGCCUGGCAUCCUGGUGGGUCGUGGGGUCUCCGUGCCCCCAGAGUUGACCUCAUCCCCACGAGCAAACAGAACAAAUAAAAGCCACGGUGAAGGUCUGUC